AUGGAGGAAAAGUUUGAUUACAUUGUUGUUGGUGGCGGCAUGGCAGGUUUGGCGGUGGCUUCCCGUUUGUCCGAAAAGCCUGAAUUGACGGUCCUGGUGCUUGAAGCCGGAGAAACUGGCAUCAACAAUCCCGCCAUCAGCGUCCCGGGUUUGAUGGUCACGAACUUGGGAUCGGAUAUCGAUUGGAACUUCUGCACGGUUCCGCAGGAGGGUGCUAAUCAACGAAAGAUGUCUUACCCUCGUGGAAAAGUCUUGGGUGGCUCGUCGGCCAUAAAUUUCAUGAUGAGUAGUAGGGCUGAAGCGGAGGACUACGAUGCCAUCAAACGUCUAGGGAAUCCAGGAUGGGGAUGGACGGAGAUCGAGAGGGCUUCGAAGAAGAGUGAAAAAUUGAUCAUCCCCCCCACGAACUCCCCUUAUAUUUUCAAUCCCGAAAGCCAUGGGAGGGAUGGUCCCGUUGUCAACUCGUUUCCGAAAUACAUCCCACCCCAGUUUACUUCCUAUUUUACUGCCUGCGCUGCGGCUGGCCACGUGAUUCAAAAAAAGGACCCUUUUGCUGGCAAACUGGAGGGAGCUUACAUUUACCCUUCAGCGAUUGACGACCACGGCUCACGCGUGACGAGCGCGACUGCAUACUAUUUCCCAAAUCAAUCCCGCACCAAUCUGGUUGUACGAACAAAUUGCGAGGUGAACAAACUUAUCCUCAAGAAUAAUGGUGACAAUUCGGAAUUACAAGUUCUUGGAGUCGAGUAUUCUAGUUGUGGGACGCCUUUCCGGGUUCUCGUCACGAAGGAAGUGAUCAUGAGUGCUGGUUCUAUUGGCACUCCUGCGAUACUCGAGAGGAGUGGAAUAGGAAACGAGCAAAUUUUAAAAUCCUUAAACAUACCAGUGACACUGAACUUGAAGGGUGUUGGUUUUAAUCUUUCGGAUCAUGUGUUUGUGAUUGCCAAUUACAGGCUCAAACCUGGCCAUAGAACUUUAGAGGAUCUCACCAAAGACCCGGGAUAUGCUGCCGAGCAAAAGCUAAUAUAUGAGCAAUCUGGAGGUGGUUUAUUCAGUCAUCCCACUUCUAUUUUCAACUUCCAAUCCUUGAGAUCAAUCGUCAGUGAAGAUGAGAUGAACGAGGGAUUGAAGCUUCUUAAGAACUGUCCAAGCUAUCUGUCUCCCAAGCAAUUUGAAGCGGUGGUUGAUCGAAUCAUGAACGGAGUGGCACUGGAAUUCAGCCUGGUCAACACUUUCUUUGAACCGGAGCUUCCCUCCGACCGUGACACUUCAUACCUCACUGCGAACGUCAUAUUACAAUACCCUUUAUCACGCGGCUCAUCUCACAUCCAAAGCCAGGAUCCCGGAGCGGCACCCUUAAUAGAUCCAAAAUUCUUGAUGCACCCAUUCGACGCUUGGCUAUUAGCCCAAGGUGCAAAAGAGAUUAGAAAAAUAAUGGCACAAGACGCACAUCAGGAUAUUAUUUUGGACGAACACUAUCCUGGACCAUCUGUCCAAACUAACGAGCAGUGGGAGGAGAGUGUCCGGAGGAGGGCACUGACUUCGUAUCAUCCAUGCGGAACUUGCUCAAUGCUUCCCCAGAGUGAAUCUGGGGUCGUGGACCCCCAGCUCAGGGUGUAUGGCACCCAAAAUUUGAGAGUCGUAGAUGCCAGUAUCUUGCCAGUCCAGCUUACUAGCCAUCCAGCAAUGACAGUUUAUGCGAUUGCAGAAAAGGCAGCUGAAAUGAUCCUGAAUCAGAGCAAUUAA